AUGGACAUUGGGGUAUUUGGUGUUUGUUCUUCUGGAAAAUCAGCCAUUUACAGGUGUUUUAGUUUCUUUGUGCAACGUGCCGCCUGGGUAUUCUCUGCUACUUCAUUGUUCUUCUCUGCUAUAUUUUUCAACAUGUCCGGUGUUGGUGAAGGUACGCGUGACAAGUCGCCCCCUCCUCCUCCUCCGCGGUCAUCUCGGUAUGAGCCCUUCACACCCUAUUAUUUGGAUCCCUCUGUUGAUACGGGUACCGUUAUUUGUCCUGUUUUAUUGAAAGGCAAUAAUUAUGAUGAAUGGUUGCGUUCAAUUCGUAAUAGUUUGCGCGCUAAAUAUAAAUUAGGGUUCAUUGAUGGCUCUAUUAAAGAACCUGCUCUUACUUCUUCUGAUUAUGAUCAAUGGGGGAUUGUUAAUUCCAUAUACUCUCUUCGUAAUGGUCCUCGCAUUCAUGAAUUGAAAGAUUUGAUUCGUGAUUGCAAACAACGUUGUCGUAGUGUGUCAGAAUAUUAUGGUGAAAUGCGUACCCUGUGGGAAGAGUUAUCUAGUGCUGUUAAGAAACCUUCUUGUACUUGUUCCGCUGCACAUGAAUAUGCUGAACUUUUAGAGAAUGAAAAGUUACAUCAAUUCUUGUUAGGUCUUGACCCUAAAAAAUAUCGUGAUGUUGCUCAAUCAUUGUUAUUGAUGGAUCCCUUACCUUCAGUUUCUUAUGCACAUGGGAAAGAACUUUCUGCUGAAUGCCACCAAACUGUGAGUGAUGUUCAUAAGACUCGCUCCGACACUGUUGGUUUUGCUGUUGAUGGUAUCUCUUCUAAUCGUGGUGCUUAUAGUGAUCCUCGUAUGUGCACCCAUUGUGGGCGUAAGGGUCAUGAAAAGGAGAAAUGUUUUGAGAUUAUUGGUUAUCCAGAGUGGCUGGUACAGGUGGCCGUGGUGGCCGUGGGAGUGGGUUCAGAUGAUACCACACGCCAGCAGCCUUCUUCCGGCGCACAAUCUAAUGUGGAUCGCUCCAGUCUGCCUUCCCUUACCGACUCUCAAUUUCAGCAACUUCUUGCCGCAUUAGCUUCUUCCAAGACAUCGACCUCUACUCCGAAGUUACAUGGUAAGGCUAUUCUUAAUCAAUGGGUUAUUGAUACAAGUGCCUCCAAUCAUAUGUCUGGUAACCUUAAUUUAUUUUUUCAAAUUUAUGAUAUUGCUUCGGAGCUCGUUGGUCUUCCUAAUGGUAAACAUAUUACUGCUACUAAGGAGGGUCGUGUGAAAAUUGGUGCUGAUUUGUUUCUAGAUAAUGUACUUUAUGUGCCUGCUCUUACCUGUAAUUUAAUGUUUCUAGAAAUAUUUGUUGCUCAUUAUUUUCUUACCAUUGUUGAUGAUUAUUCACGUUGUACAUGGGUUUAUUUGAUGCUUGGCAAAUAUGAGGAAUUUUUGUGUUUAAAGGAUUUUUAUGCUCAACAUGGUAUGUUGCAUCAAACUUCUUGUGUUGAUACUCCUCAACAAAAUGGUAGAGUUGAGCGUAAACAUAAGCAUGUUCUUAAUAACUCCCACUCCCGUUUACAUGGCAAAUCUCCAUAUGAAGUUCUUUAUGGUUCUCCUCCAAAUUUGUCCUCUUUGAAAGUCUUUGGUUGUUUGUGUUAUGUUGCUUAUCGGCCUCAAGUUAAAGACAAAUUUGGUCCCCGUUCUAGGCGUUGUAUGUUUGUUGGGUAUCCAUUUGGACAAAAAGGAUGGCGUAUGUAUGAUUUGGAUACUCAUGACUCUCUUGAUGCGUUUUUGUUGCCCACACACCCCAGUGUGUAUGAUGACGAGACCACGUCUGUUGCUGCUGUGCCGGCGGUGUGGAGCUGUCUGGAGCAGAAGCUGGUUCGGGGCAAGAGUGCGCAGAUUCCAGGGGCAGUUGCGAUGGUAACGGUGUGCUUGAACAUACUACAGACCCCUCCCCAUCCAAUGUUGCUUCUCCUGUUUCACAGAGUUCCUCAGGACUUGCCUCCGGGCAAGAAGGCCAUUGACAGUGGUUGGGUGUAUCGCGUUAAAUAUCGCUCAAAUGGUGUUGUUGAGCGGUUGAAAGCACGUCUUGUGGUUUAUGGCAAUCGCCAAGUAGCAGGUAUUGAUUAUAAUGAAACAUUUGCUCCUGUAGCUUAA